GAUUGACUUCGUUAUGUUACACGUGUUUGGUUUGUUAGUACACAACGAAACAAAAGUGCGUUAAAAAUAUGCAGUCGUAAACCUACCGUUAUUGUGCAUUUUACUGCAGUCAUUUAAAUUUGUAUACUAGUGAUACAACUAAAAAUUAUUGUUUUUGGAGAUGAUAUUCUCAAUUACAUCAUGAGCUUACGUAAGGCGUAAGGUUUCCAAGAUGUAGGACGUAUGCAUAUGGAAGAGACUAGAAAAUUCAAGAAAAAAUAACACGUUAUAGUCGCACUUUAUAAAAAAUCGGUAAACUUGUACAAAGAAACAGGUUUAGCAAUCGAGACUGUUUAAAAUGGAAUGAAGAAGAGACGUGCACUUCAUUAAUUAAGCUAACUAAACUAUACAUAAAUUAAAGAAUAUUGAAUGACACAAUAAAACCAUGCAACUAUAUUUUACAUAACAUCCACCUCACCCAAUUUUACUCAAAGAGGGGGUUUUAUUGGUCCAUCUGCCCAAUAUAUAUAUUGAAUUUAAAUUUUGGUGUCAUAGCUCGUUCAGAACUCACACUACAAUGAAAACAAUAACAGUCACUUUAUUGUCAAUUUGUUCCUUAAUUGGAGCAUCGCCUCAGAAUAGUCACGAAAAUGUGCCCAUCGUAAGACACGAAUCGGAGGUAAACCCUGAUGGUACACACAGUUACUUGUACGAAACAGGCAACGGUAUUUAUGAAGAUCAGCAGGGGUAUCCGAAAGACGCCGAAACGCAGGCUGUUCAAGGACAAUUUCAGUAUCACUCCCCUGAAGGACAAGUUAUUAGGUUGGUUUAUACAGCCGACGAAAAUGGUUUUCGGCCCCAAGGAGAUCAUUUACCAACACCGCCGCCUAUCCCACCAGAAAUACAAAAAGCGCUAGCUUAUUUAGCUACCUUACCGCCACAAAAAGAUGAAUAUUGAGAUGAAGACGUAACUGUGAUAUAGGUGAUUUAACAAAAAUUUUAGAGUAUUAAAUUAUGUAUUUCUACUUUUGUAAAAUAAAUUAAUAAAGAAUUUA